UUAUAUAUGCUAUUUGUUUAUUCGAUGUUGAUUGUUAUUGUCAUUACUCAUUAUUCGUAUCUAGGAAAGGCCAAGAAGCAGGGAUAAAACAUUAACACAAAUUAUGGCUCAACAAAAUUUCAAAUGAAGUUAAAAAUCAUGUAGUUUGUCUGUUUUCAGUGUUAGGAUAGUCAAUACAAUAUUAGUCAAAAGAACGCCGGUACUUGUUAGCUUUUGUAUGUCAUUAGAGAUGAAUGAAACCAUAGCAUGUGCUUGUUCAUGGCAGAAGUAGUUUUAUUAUGGUGCACAGAUUAUUUGACGGCUAAUUAAUAUCUUAUAAGUUUAUAUCGAAAGGGUUAAGAAGCAUGAAAAUUGCAAAAUAUGAAGAGUUUAAAAUAUAAAUGUCAUAUUUGAAGUGGUGUAUUAUGUCCAUAUUAAAUAUCAUAACUAUAGUAUAUAAAAAAAAUAUCAUAACUAAUUUUAUGGCCCACUAAACACCGAAAAAUAAUAAUAAAAAUAAAAUAGCAACUUGGAGAGCUAGACAAUGCAGUAGAAGCUUCCAAGCAAGAAGAGUGGCUUGUUGAGCAAGCACAUUCUUCACCUAUAAAUAGGAUACGUAGAUAAGUCAUUUGUGCAUCAAGUGAUGAGUGAACAUAAGGAGAAAGAAUUGGCCCAAAAAAAAAAAAAGAACAUAAGGAGAAAGAAGAGAGAAGAGGUUCCAUGAGGUAGUGAGUAAAAAAAGUAGAAGAGAGGAAAGAGAGGGGGGGGAGGAAGAAGGGUGGCUGUAGAAGGGAAGAGAAAGUGAAAAGGCAAGAAUAUGAAUGCCAUUUUAUUGAAAGGAUCGUGAAAGAUGUCUCUAUGAGGAUCAACCGCAAACCUUUACACAUUGCUGAUUACCCAGUUGGAAUCGAAUCUCGAGUGCAGCAAGUCCAAUCUCUUUUGGAUGUUAACUCUAAUGAGGGAGUCCAAAUGGUAGGGAUUUGGGGCACUGGAGGAAUAGGCAAAUCAACAAUUGCUCGAGCAGUAUGCAAUUCAAUUGCUGACCUAUUUGAAGGCUUCUGUUUUCUUGCUAAUGUUAGAGAAAACUCACAAAAGCGUGGGUUAGCGCAUCUCCAAGAAAUGCUUCUUUCUGAAUUGAUGAUGGAUGAAAAUAUCACUGUAAGAUAUGUCAAUAAAGGAAUUCCAAUAAUAAAACACAAGCUCCACAGAAAGAAGGUUCUUAUAGUUCUUGAUGAUGUUGAUGAGCUAGAGCAAUUGCAAGCGAUUGCUGGGGGACUUGAUUGGUUUGGUUCUGGUAGCAGAAUCAUUAUAACAACAAGGGAUAAGCAUUUGCUAGCAAGACAUGGUGUUGAUAGAAUUCAUGAAGUUGAGAGUUUAAAUCAAGAAGAAGCUCUUGAACUGCUCACUUGGAAUGCCUUUAAACAAAAUAGAGCCGAGCAAAGAUACUUGGAUAAUUUAAAUAAUAUUAUAUUAUAUGCCUCUGGUCUUCCAUUGGCUUUGGAAAUUAUAGGUUCCAGCUUGUUUGGUAUGGGAGUAGAAUAUUGGAAUUCUGCACUAGAAAACUGGCGAGUAACUCCCAAUCAAAAGAUCCAACAAGUACUCAAAAUAAGUUAUGAUGCUUUGGAAGAAUAUGAGCAGGAAAUUUUUCUUGAUAUUGCUUGUUGCUUUAAAGGAGACACAUUGGAAUAUGUCACAAGCACUCUACUGGCUUCUCAUGGUAGAUGCCCAAAAUAUGCUAUUAAGGUGUUAGUUGAUAGGUGUCUCAUAAAGAUUUGUCGUGAGGAUAAAUUAAGCCUUAGGCCUUCCGAUAGCAUUGUGACAAUGCAUGACUUGAUUCAGGAUAUGGGGAAGGAAAUUGUUCGGCACCAAUCACCAAAUGACCCUGGAAAACGCUCUAGGUUGUGGUUCACCAAAGACAUUGUUUCCGUUUUAGAAGAGAACGAGGGAACUAAGAAGAUUGAAGUCAUAAAUCUGCACAUGCUGGAAGAUGAAGAGGUUGAUUGGGAUGGAAUGGCCUUCAAAAAGAUGUCAAACCUUAAGAUGCUUAUCAUUAGAAAUGCACAAUUUUCCACAGCUCCCAAGUAUCUCCCAAGUAGUUUAAGAGUGCUGGAAUGGAAGGGAUAUCCUUAUUCAUCUCUACCUUGUGAUUUCAAUCCCAAGCAACUAGUUAUCUUAAGGGUGCCUGAAAGUCGCCUGACACUGAAUACACCACUCAAGAAGUUCCGGUCUUUAACUAUCAUGAAUUUGAGUCGCUGUGAAUUGUUAAGAGAAGUUCCUGACUUAUCUGAAGCGCCAAAUUUGAUUGAACUAUGCUUGGAUGGCUGCAUAAAUUUAACUAAUGUUCAUGCUUCCGUUGGUUCUCUUGAUAAACUUAAGAGGUUAAGUGCUUAUUAUUGCAAGAAGCUCAAGAACUUUCCAAGCAUCUUUUUGAGGUCUCUUGAAUUUCUUGACCUCUCAGAGUGCGAGAGCCUUCAGACAUUUCCAGAAAUAUUAGGAACCAUGGAAAAUUUAAGAGAAAUGAAUCUAACACACAGUGGCAUAGAAAUAUUGCCAUUGUCAAUCAAAAACCUCAUUGGUUUAAAAGAAUUACAUCUUACAAGGAAGUUGCGGCAUCGGGGGGUUAAAGUAGAUGAGAUUUCAUACUCAUAUUUGAAUUCUGUGUCUCUGAACAUAUUACUCAGUCAGGCAUCUCACGAGGUUGAUGGCUUCAAGUUUAUAAUAAGAGGAGACAGACCUCCAAAAUGGUUUGACCAUUAUGCUCUUGGAGAUUCAGUGUCUUUCUGGUUCCGAAGAAAGCAACUUCCCAACGUGGCUGUGUGUUUUGCAGUAUCGGCAACUAGAGAUGCACGUCACGCCCCAUAUAUUAUACUAAUUUUUAAUGUCCAAAUCAAUGGCAAAUCUUUUGACUCUCUUGCAAGAUUUGAUCAAGAUAUUGCAUUUCAAAACUUCUAUUUGAUGGAUUUGCAAAACCUGAUUCCUAUGGAUGAGCUCAGUAAUGGAGUUUUGCAAGAUGAAUGGAACCAUGUGAAGGUUUCUUGCAACAUGUUUUCCAUUGCUUGUGGAAUUGGUAUGCGACCUCCACCAGAUGAUGCUGUCUAUACAAGAUGGAGUGGAAUAUAUGUGCACAAGCAGGGAUCUAGAAUGGAAGAUAUCAGAUUCACGAAUCCUAAUGUGGAAUCUUUUUUCGCUGAGUUCUUGGAAGGAUCUUCGUCAAAUCCCAAUACCAUGGAGGAAUUAAUCCGACAUUGGACGAAUUUGUUCGUGCAGGGAAGAAGCUUAGACGAAUUUAAUGAUGAAUUUAGUAAUUAUGGACGCAUGGUGUAACUGUCUUGUGGUUCCGGUCAUUCCGAUCAGAAAAAACUCUCUUGAAAUUCUGAUUUCUUUCCUCUCUUUUGUGGUUGUGUGAUUUUUUUUUUUAUUAUUAAAAGACCACGGUUAAACUGUGCUAAUUGGCAAAAUGAGUUUUAUCAGGGUACUGGUUGUGUGAUUUUGAAUUACGCCGAUGGAGUAAAUCUAUAUUUGCAUGACUACUUUUCAAAUUUUUA